UGAACGUAGUCUUCUUUAUAUAUCUAUAUUUUUUUUUACUUUAUUGAUUGCGGACCGUGUUUAUCUGUGGUGCGCGUGGUGUUUAUUUUUUGUAGUAUGAUGUACAUAAAAUAAAAGUUCUAGUUCUAAUAUUUUUCUGAAUGCUCAUUGUUUGCAAGUGAAAUACAUUGGAUUUUAUGUAAUAUUUGAUAAUCCAAUGUCAUUUUGACUUUAAAAAACUAAUUUAGGUAAAAUUUUUAUGUCUAAAAGAUAUACACAAUGGCUCAAGACGAAGAACGUCUUAUUGAAACUAAUAAUAAUGCCAAUGCCAAUACAAUGAGAAUUAGCGAAUUACCGGGAAAGCCAUUUAGUAUUGUAUUGGAAUUUGCUAUAUUUUUGACUAUGAUGGGAUUGACACUGUCGGGAACGGCAGUAAGAAAUGUACUUAUGUACCGCACAUGUGUGCACUCAUUAAAUCAUGACGUGGACGAAUGUCGUGGUUUUCUCUCACCAGUCCAAACAAACGAGACGAAUCAUUUGGAAGAAGAAGUGCAGAAAUAUGUAACAUAUGUGUCCACCGUGAUCACGGUUAUCGAAUCACUGGGGCCCGCUUUUUUAUCCUUAUUUCUUGGUGUAUGGUCUGACACUCACGGGCGCAAACCGUUGAUAGUAUGGCCUUUGUUUGGUUUGGCGAUAACGGGAAUAUUGAUUGUCGUUUAUGCUUUGUUGCAUAAUUUGGGACCAUGGUGGUACACUUUGGCUGUAAUACCGCUGUCAAUGUCCGGAGGAUUUACCGUGUUGUUUACGGGAGCAAUGUGUUAUAUAAGUGACGUCUGUAUAUCUCAGAAUACCUCUCUUAGAAUGACUAUGAUGGAAAUAUCUGUUUCGGCGGGUAGCGUUGUUGGUUCUUUGAUUUCCUCCUAUAUCCUCAAAGCAAUAGGAAAUGUAUACCUACUGCUCAUAGCAGCUACAUUGUUCGUAACAGCUUAUGCUAUUACGAAUAUACGAUUACAAGAAUCAUUGACUGGAGCAAUAAAGGGUACUCUGUGUUCGGUAAUUAACGUCUUAUUAAUUAAAGAAAUGAUAACAGAGUGUUUCAAAAAGCGUCCGAACAACUUAAGGGCCCAGCUCCUUUUAUUGACAUUCGCAAAUUGCCUAAGCGUGUUUGUUUUGUAUGGACUAACAGGAGUCGAAUAUAUGUACACCAGAGAAAAACUACACUGGGGAAUGAAAGACUUUACCAUAUUUUCGGCUGUGAGCGUGUUGACAUCAUUCAUCGGUUCUUUGAUUGGCGUUACUGUCAUACAGAAAUUACUCGGGAUUAAUGAUUUGGUGCUAUCAAUAAUAUCAUUUUUGUCAGCCGCUGCAGAAUAUGCAAUUAAAGCCUUUGCUGUGUUAACAUGGCACAUGUAUCUUAGCGCAGGAGUAACAGUAUUUGGCAGUUUAUCAGCUCCACUAAUAAGGUCGUACCUUACGAAGAUACUGCCGAUUGAAGACAUAGCAAAGGCGUUCGCCCUGAUGUGUGCCAUUGAGGGUAUAAUGCCGUUGUUUGCGCCUGUAUUAUACAAUACAUUGUACAAUCUGACAAUAACUACCUUCCCUGGUGCUAUAUGUUUGCUGACAACUGCCAUUAGACUAGCAUGCGUGAUUAUGUUGUUAUUUGUCGCAUACUUCAGAUGGAGAACACCUACAACACCCUAUCAAAACAUAUCAAUAAACUCUAAUGUUAAUGCAUAACAGAAUAUUAAAAUUUUAUACAAUACUUUUAGUAUAGUAUAGUAAAGUAUAGUAAAAUAUUUUAAUACUGUAUUAAUAUAGUAUUAAAAUAUUUUAAUGUGAUUCAACUUUGUUGUUUGUAUAAAAACAAAUAUUUUGUUUUUUUUUCUACAAGAUUUUAACCAGUGAUAUAAACUGUUUUAUCACAGUUCAAGUAUUAAGAAAUUACAAUAUUCCGUAGGAAUAGAUAACACAUACCUACGGUACUUAGUAACAUUGUUUUAUUAUUUUAAUAUAUCACGUGAUUGUUAUUAGUUAUAAUUAAUUUGCCUUUAAUUAGUCUUAGGCUUGAGUACUAUUCAGUUCAAUUUAUUGCUUAUUAAUAAUAGUUCAGCAAUUACGUAUUGUUAAAGCAAAAAGUAUAAUAAGAAAAAAAAGAUUCAUUAUUGCUCAUUUUUGUAACCAAAGAAAAAUUGUAUAAAGCUUUUGUAUUAGAGAUGUGUCAACU